UCUGCGCUCAGCCACAAAGGGAGAGACCAGCGACAGAACAUCAACAACAUUUCUGCCGUCAGAUCGACACACCUUGCAGAAUAUCCUUGUUAACUACAUGGAUUACGUAUCGGUAAAUGACCAGUCUUUGUUAUGUAGCCAUAUUAUUACAUUCCCUUAUCAAAUUAAUGACUACAUUUCGCUGUAUUGUUAAGCGAGAAAGUAGUAGCUGGAGGAUAUGCUACCUAGCUAGCUAAUGGUUGGCGCUCAGUUUGCUUGACGUGGUCAACAACGAUGUUCGCUAGCAAGCUAAGCUAGUUCUAGUUUAGCUUGUUUUCGAAUCCGGUGUAGGGCGGUUUGAUCUGAACGAGCCGGAGCCAUCGAUUGUGCUGUCUGGAUUCAAUACUGAACGUAUUGAACAUAGCUUGGUGGCUUAAGUGCUUGCUCACAACCAUGUUACCGGGUCGUGAUGCUGUUCAUUUGAAUAACACCGGGACCACCUCAUAUGUCUCUUGAAUUCCCCACCGAGCUAUUCGCAGUGCGGUAGCUGCCAGCGUAUUGCUCCGUCACCGCAACCAGGUUCAGCUGCCAGUGGGGCUCCUGGACGUUCAGCCUGAUUUGCGCCUUCAAUUGUCCUUUAAUCAGUGCCUGUCAACUAUGGAAACCACUCAAGUGACUUUGGCCGUAAGGGGAGAAACAUCCCCAGGUGAGCUGAUAGCUGUAGUUGGAAGCUGUGAGGCGCUUGGAUACUGGAGCUACCAGAAGGCUUUAACUCUUCAGCAGGAUGACAACGAUGGCACUUUAUGGAAAAGGACUAUCUGUGUUCCACGGGGGGCUGUUUUCAACUAUCGCUACUUUAAGGGAUACUUCCUGGAGUCAAAGAGCGCAGGUGGUCCCUGUCAGGUCAUAGUCCUUAAAUGGGAGACCCAUCAGCAGCCACGCACGAUGAGCCCCACAGAGCCACUCCUUGCUGUCGACGAUGGACAGUUUGGAUUUCACAAUGGGUCAGAAUGUGUGGACUCCGGAUGGCUGACAUGCCAGACUGAGAUCCGGCUGCGUCUGCACUACUCUAAGAAGUCUGCCGUGUCCAUCACCAAGAAGAAGUACAAGAAGUCCCGCUUCAGGAUCAGACUGAUGCUGGAGGGCGUUGAGGAGGAAGAUGAGGAGGAAGAGCUGUCUCCGUCCAUCUGGCACAAGAUGACCCCCACCCUGGAGAUCAGUCUGAUCAGCCGAGAUGGCUACAAGUCUCGCCACUCCCAGCCCGAGUGUGGCUACGCUCUGGAGCCCUCCCAGUGGACCGAGUACAGCAUCGUCACCAUGGACCCCGACAACUUGGAGCUCACCUUUGAGUUCUUUGAGGAGGAUCUGGGAGAGCACAUUGUGCCGGGCGACGCCCACCCUGGACACGUGGGCACGGCCUGCCUCCUGUCCUCCUCCUUCGUGGAGGUAGGCACGGACCACGGUGUGGCCACUCUGCCCAUCAUGGGACGCAACUCCAGGCAGACCAUCGGCAAAGUCCGAGUGGACUACCUGGUGAUCCGCCCUAUCCAGGGAAUGCAGUGUGACAUGAACUCCUCCUUCACUAAGUACUGGAGGAAGAGGAGUGCACUGGAUGUGGGGCACAGAGGAGCUGGGAGCUCACACGCUGCCAAACACCACAAAAUCAGGGAGAAUACAGUCGCCUCCUUCAAAAGUGCUGCCAACCAUGGGGCUGCUUACGUGGAGUUUGAUGUUCAUCUAUCCAAGGACUCCAUCCCCAUAGUCUACCAUGACCUCACCUGCUGCAUCUCCAGCAAGAAGAAAAAUGACAAACAUUCCUUGGAGCUGUUGGAGGUUCCAGUCAAAGACCUGACCUACGACCAACUGCAGAUGCUCAAGCUUAACCAUGCCACUGCCCUGAAAGUCAGCGACCCCAAAGAUUUACUGGAUGACGAGGAGGAAGUGGACGAGCACCAGCCUUUCCCCUCUCUCUCUCAAAUUUUCCAAGCUGUCCCUGAAAAUGUGGGAUUCAACAUUGAGCUGAAGUGGAUCUGCCAGUUAAAGGACGGCUCAUGGGAUGGAAACGUGUCGUCGUACUUCAACAUGAACUUGUUCCUGGACACCAUCCUGUCUUGCGUGCUGCAGAAAGCUGGCAGGAGACGCAUCCUGUUUUCCUGCUUUGACCCUGACGUCUGCACCAUGGUGCGGCAGAAGCAGAACAAGUACCCCAUCCUGUUCCUCACCCAGGGCAUCUCUGAGCAAUACCCAGAGAUGAUGGACAUCCGCUGCCAGACCACCCAGAUCGCCAUCAGCUUCGCCCAGAGCGAGAACAUCCUGGGUAUCAGUGCUCAUGCUGAGGAGCUGCUGAAAGACAUGAGCCACAUCCAAGUGGCCCAGUCUAAAGGCCUGGUCAUGUUCUGCUGGGGUGAUGACAACAAUGACCAUGACAACAGGAUGACGCUCCGGCAGAAGGGUAUAGACGGGCUCAUCUACGACAGGAUCUGUGAGGACCAUGGAGAGCAACAGAGCAUUUUCAAAGUAGAGGAGCAGCACACCUUGCAGGAGGUGAUCUCUGAGGAGACCAGGAAGAGCUGCACGUGCUCCACCUACGCCAUCCCCUGUGGUUCAGCCCCCUGUACCGCCGUCGGGGGGAACGGCGGCAGCGCCGAGUCCGACUCAGGCCUCAGUUCCUCCUGAAGAUUCCUCCCAGGAACCUCCUGCUGUCACUGGAAGUCCAGGUGUCGUGCACGGAAUACUGCCCUUUGCUCCAAUUGAGAAGACAUUAACUUUUCGUGAAAUUGACAUUAAAUUUUCUUAGAAUUUGAGGAGGUUGUGGGUGAUGGUAAGUUAGAUACGCCUGUUGGGUCUGUCCUUGAAGCAUGGGCAGACUGGUGAGGGGAAGCAGGUUUGUGAUGACCUGUGAUCCAGACGGUGAUGAGUUUGUGUGAUCAUCCCAUAUAAACUGACCCCAGCAUCUCUUUCUGUGACCUAAGGAAUUAGAAUACUAGGAGGUGAUGUGUAGUCUGUCACCUGUUUUGUUUUGACUGGGAAGGAGUGUGUAUUGAUUUGCCAAACUAGUUAUGUAUGGACAGUCUGUUGAUGCAGAGAGGUUCAAUACAUUAGUCACGAAACCAUAACUACCAAAAAUAUAUUAAACAGGUUUUCUUUUGUUAAAAUGAUACAAUGAUGCAGACUCAAGGAUUUUAUUUUCAGGUGUCUUGUGAAGCCAAUUUUCUGAUUAUUUAAAAUGAUAAGUUUUCAAAUGGACUAUGUAUGCUUCUCAAGUUAAAUACACGUGGAUGACAAUUCAGAUUUGCCAUCGACAUUGUUUUUAUUACAGCAGUGUUACUUAAAAUGAACAUGCUUCAGUAGUCAUAAAUAGAUUUACAUUUUACAAAAAUAGUUCAAUAGUUGAGGACAACAAAUGACACAUUCUGGAAUUGUUGAUCUGAAGGGAACAUUUUACUCUGUCUGUACUUGAUUGAUCAUCAGAUAGCCUUAAUGGAGAAUUCCAGAAUUUGUUUUCCUGUCUGCACAGCAGCAUGUUUGAAUCUCUCUAUACCUCACUCUGACUACUCAAUGCAAACCAGACGGAAGAUUUUUCUGUAGCCUCAGUUGAACAAAAUGUGUUCCGUCCCCAUCUUUUCUCCACUCUUGCAAAUCCUGUUUCACUUUUGUAUUUGUGUUUCAAUCACAUCUUAAUCAUGACAAAAUGACAGGUCCUGUCCAUUUGAUCAUGGCCGUUUGAGCUUUGCUGCUUUCUGUAGAUAUAUUGUGUCUCAACUAUUGAUAUCUGUAUACAGAUUGCAGAUUAUGUCUAUACAGGUAUAUCAAUAGUUAUGUAAGUAUAUGUAGUUACUAUGUCAGACAGAAUGAGUCUUGCGUGUCCUGAGAAAGCACAUUUUGACUGAACAAAUUAGAUUUAUUCAGUGUUAAUUUCAUUCUGAAUUCCUACAGAAAUAAAUAAAUAAAUAAAG